ACUCGCGUUUCGUGUGUUGAGCGCACACAAACGGACAUUCCUUUAAAUUCAAGUUCUCUUUCAAAAGCCUCAUACGAGGCUAUCAAAGAGGACGAUAUACCCACGUUCCUAUUCCUCCAUCCUUCAUGUGAUAGUAUUUCGCUUGACAGUUAUUUUGUAUAAGCAAGAAACAGUGAAAGUUAUUGAUUCAUAUUGUGAACUACGUUUCAGUGAUAUUUCGUGCUCCUUUUUCCGCGGGGAAUAAUUGUAGGAAAUUAUUAAAAAAAAAAGAUAGACAAAAUGAAAGUGGGACUGUUAAAAACUUUCUUACAUUAUUUCAACCUGCAACAGGGUACAGUGUUGAUAGCUGUAUUUCAAUUGUUUACAUCCGGGUUUAGUAUGAUAUUUUUCGUGCUGGCAUUAGCACAUGCGAUGGGAAUUCAAGAAAUGGUGGUAAGAGAUACAGAAGACGCUCUCGAAAGGGAAGCCUUAGAAGAUAUAUCGUCUAAUCACUUAAAUACCAGAAAAAUGGAUAUGGCACAUCAUAAUGCAACUGAAACAGUUUAUUCGAUGUAUUGUGGAUUAGUGAUCACAGUGAUACAUUUUAUUUCCACUAUUCUACUUUUAUAUGGUGCACUCACGAAUAAUCGUCAUUUUAUGACACCCUGGAUGAUGAUUAUGAUGACAAUAAUAUCAGCUUUGACAAUUUCUUUGUUCUUGGUACAACAAGAUUGUCCGUUUAUUGCUACCCUCGGUGGCAAAGCUGAUAUUUGUGAACGUAUAAUUGUUCUCUUUCUCGUAAUCACUAGUUCUUACGUAUGGUUCGUCGUCUACAGUAGUUACAAAAGUCUCGAAACGAAAAAGGGAUUGACUCACGUUCUUCACGAUAUGAAGAAAAAUCCCGUAAUUCCAGUCGUGCAAAAAUCGAAAGCCAUUCAGGCAGACGCGAAUAAACCGUUCGAAGUUUAAAAAUACUAUACUGGUAGCGAUAGAAAAUCGGAUUUAUAAUGAUUGUGAAAGAGCGCAAUCGAUGACGAAGAGCUCUUAUUAUCGAAAGAUAUUCUUAAAAUGACAGUGUUUUUUAAACAAAUUUUAAAAUCAGACGACAAGACCUAUGAUUUAAAUCUUGUCAUCUAAAGUUUUAUAACUUAGUCAAAUAUGAAUGUGUUUCAUUUUUGACGAAAAAAGAGAAAUUAAAAGAUUGAAAUAGUGAACAAGAACACGUGACAAACUUAUGUUA